GGCGGCAAAGCGCUGGUUAUCAAAACGGAACCUUUGAAACAUCGUUGUUGCUAAGGGACACAUUACGGGGGCGUACUCAUUUUUCGUCAACACGAACAACUAACGUUAAAGUGUCAUACUUGCCUCACUCUGAGCAGUGACAGCCAGCAGUCAAGCAUGAAUGUGAACCAGGGGACGGUGGGCAGCGACCCGGUCAUUCUGGCCACGGCUGGAUACGACCACACUGUCCGUUUCUGGCAGGCCCACAGCGGGAUCUGCACCAGGACAGUCCAGCACCAGGACUCUCAAGUAAAUUCACUUGAGGUCACACCUGACCGGAGUAUGAUUGCUGCUGCAGGUUAUCAGCACAUCCGCAUGUACGACCUGAACUCCAACAACCCCAACCCGGUGAUCAACUACGAUGGUGUCAGCAAGAACAUCACGUCCGUGGGCUUCCAUGAAGAUGGACGCUGGAUGUACACAGGAGGAGAAGACUGCAUGGCACGCAUAUGGGACCUUAGGUCAAGAAAUCUACAGUGUCAGAGGAUAUUCCAGGUCAAUGCUCCAAUCAACUGUGUAUGCCUGCACCCCAACCAGGCAGAGCUGAUUGUUGGAGACCAGAGUGGAGUGAUUCAUAUCUGGGAUCUGAAGACCGACCACAAUGAACAGCUGAUUCCUGAGCCAGAGGUCUCAGUCAACUCAGUUCACAUUGACCCAGAUGCCAGUUACAUGGCAGCGGUCAACAGCUCGGGAAACUGUUAUGUGUGGAACCUUGCCGGCGGCAUCGGCGAUGAGGUGACUCAGCUCAUUCCCAAGACUAAGAUCCCUGCACACAAACGCUACUCCCUCCACUGCAAGUUUAGCCCUGAUUCCACCCUGUUGGCCACCUGCUCAGCAGACCAGACCUGUAAGAUCUGGAGGACGUCCAAUUUCUCACUGAUGACGGAGCUGAGCAUCAAGAGCAACAAUCCCGGAGAGACAUCUAGAGGCUGGAUGUGGGACUGUGCUUUCUCUGGAGACUCCCAAUAUAUUGUAACUGCCUCCUCAGACAACCUGGCUCGUCUGUGGUGCGUGGAGACCGGGGAGAUCAAGAGGGAGUACAGCGGCCACCAGAAGGCCGUGGUGUGUCUGGCCUUCAAUGACAGUGUGCUGGGCUGAGGAGGAGGAGGAACGAGAAGAAGAGACAGGAGAUGACAGACAGUCUGUGCAGAGGCAGAACAAGGACAGAAAAGCAUUGGACUCUUUGGAAGAUGUGCCUCAAUUCAUAGAGGUGCGGUUAGCAUUAAUGGGAAUUAUUAAAAUGUUUCCCAGAAAUGAUCAUCUUGAGAAAGUGGAGGCUUUUGUUUGAACAUUACGAUGAAUCUCAGCUGUGUUUCCAAGAUGUCUACAGUGCUCUUCCUUGCCAGAUGCAUGUAAGUAAUUCAGAAUAGCAGUAAGGCCAUAAAGUAAUAAUCAAUGUUAAAAGGCCGAGCACACCAUUUUACACCAAAUUGAAGCGGUCAUAUGGGAAAACUAAUGUACUAACAGUAUAGAAAUUGGUAUAAGUCUGAUUAAAACGUAAUAAUCAUCAAGUACCCUUUAUGUUUUUAACUUCAUCACUCUGUGCACAAUAGGAGAUCCUUUUCAAGUCUUUGCUUUUAUAGUGCACCAUAUUGUAUCAAAAGGACCACAUUAUUUACAUUAACUUAGAUGUGCUGUGAAAUUGAUUUUAUCUUUUGUGUGUGAUAUAUAUUAUUUAUUUGAUUAUCUCCACUCUUUUUCUCUCUAUUCAAAGUUAAGUAGUAAGUUGUACUAUUUUUAAUGAUCACGUGGAUUAGGAAGUGUCGAGAGAAUUUGAUGCACAGAAAAUCAUUCCGCAGUAAAGUCGUCAUUCAUAGAAGUCCUUACAGUCUUUGAAUUUUGUCUUUCUCCUUUUUUUUCCAGUCUAAUGAAGAAAAAUCGGCCAAAAAAUACACAACAGUCUUUUAUUGGACAGAUCAAAACACUCUCAUUGCAACAGGAACGGUUACACAUAAUUAAACUUCAGCAAUGUGUUACAGGAAAUACAAUUAGAAGCACAUACAAAAAGGGGAUCUUUCUUUUGUAAUCUCUGAGGUGUGCCACCAGAGAGGGUAUUACACAUGAAGAGAGUGACGAUGGGGCUUUGGCAAUAACCAUGACAGCCUGUCUCCAUCUCUUCUCUCUCGGAAGGAUGGAAAUGGACUAGGAGGGUUGGCUGCUUCACUGGUUUACUGGCGGCUAUAUGGCACAAAGGAAACAGUCAAAGCCGGCUUUUGUUCUGUUUUUUUUUUUUUUUUUGUAGAGGGAGCUAAAAAGACAACUUUGUUUCCCUGAUCUUUUGCUGGGAGGAGACGAAGAGAAUACACAGUCACUCUGGCAGGUAGUAGAAGCACACAGACACGCAGAUGUUGCUGGGAAAGCAGAUGUCGAUGCAGAAGUAGACCAGCCUCUGUUUGCCCGGGCCUGAAAACAACACAGAGGCUGUGGUGACUCAUUAAAAACAACAGGUUUAGUAAACACAACCUCACUGUGGAAACAGACCAUCAUAGUGGAGACACAGCUUUAAGGCAUGAAUAAUACAUUAUUUGAUAAAAACGUUUUUGUUUUUCUUGGCAAUAAAGCUUAUAUAAAUUAAUGGAUUGAAUUAGUCACAAAAUCCCUGUCACAUAGUAAUGAUUAAUUUUUUGUCAAUAUUUACAAUUUUGAUGAACAAUGUAUGGUGUAAAAGCAGCCUGGUUAUUGUAUGAUAUUAAAGCAACUUCUGUAUGGGGGAAAUUUGUCGCCAGCACCACGUGCAGACUGUGGAGUGAGUAUGUUUUGAGUAUGUGUCAUUUACUGCACCAGUGGAAAGGUCAUUGCACUUCAUAGAUUAGGUUUAGGUUGAAGCCUGACGCGGUGGUUCGAUAUGGAGUUGCCAGCUGACUAAUUUUAAAAACUCCCUUCAUACAGUGUCUAUGGGGACCUGACAAAUGAAUCCCGAACUCUUCUGGUGUGUAAUAUGACCAUGCACUAAUAUUUAAAGAUACCUUGCCAUUUGACAUUUUUAUCUGUAUAGAACUAAAAUAAAAACAUACAAUAUAUCA